UACUUAUAAACUCACUAAUUAAGUUUUUAUAUAUUAAUCCAAAAGAGAAGUGGUACGAAUCAACCUUUAUAUUCUACAAGUAAAGUGAUCUCACCACACACACACAGACUGUAAAUCAGGUUUUGUGUUUUGUUUUUGUUUCCUUCCCUACAUUCUUCGGAAACUGAUACAAUUUCAGAGAAUCCAUAAAAAAAUUUCUUUUGGGUUUUGUUAAAAAGUUUUUGGUGUUUCUUUCGAGAAAAACAAACAAUGUUUAAGUCAUGGAGGAACGACAAGAACAAGAUCAAGGCUGUGUUCAAGCUUCAAUUUCAUGCAACUCAGGUGCCGAAGCUGAAGAAGACUGCUUUGAUGAUCUCAUUGGUUCCUGAUGAUGUUGGGAAGCCAACGUUUAAGCUGGAGAAAGCUGAGGUUAAAGAAGGGAUCUGUUCAUGGGAGAAUCCUAUUUAUGUGUCUGUGAAGCUAAUCAAAGAACCUAAAUCUGGGAUUGUUCGUGAGAAGAUUUACCAUUUCGUUGUUGCAACUGGUUCUUCAAAAUCGGGAUUUCUAGGAGAAGCUUCUAUUGAUUUUGCAGAUUUUCUGACAGAAACAGAGCCAGUUACUGUUUCUUUACCUCUCAAAUUUGCCAACUCUGGUGCUGUCUUAAAUGUGACAAUACAUAAGAUACAAGGAGCCAGUGAUUUAAAAUUUAUUGAGGAAAAUAAAGAUCAAACACUUACCAAAGAAGACAGCUUCAAAAGUCUACAAAGCAAUGAUGAGUUAGAAGGAUAUAACCAAGACGAAAGGAGCUUAGAUGCAAACACGGCUAAGAAUUCUGGUCUUGGAGGUUCUUUUGAUUCCAUUGGUGAAUCAGGAUGGAUAGAUGAGGGGAAUGCACGCUUACCUCAACGACAUAACUCGGUUCCUGCGACAAAGAACGGGCAUCGAAGAUCAAACACAGACUGGUCAGCUAGUUCAACAUCAGAUGAGAGUUACAUUGAGUCAAGAACCAGUCCUGAGAACAAUUUCCAAAGAGGAUUCUCGGGUGUUACUGAAUCGAGUGACCCUAUUGAAAGGCUCAAGAUGGAAUUGGAAGCUUUGAAGAGGCAAUCUGAGUUAUCCGAGCUGGAAAAGCAGUCUUUAAGGAAACAGGCGACAAAAGAGAGCAAACGGAUACAGGAACUGGCGAGGGAAGUUAGUUGUAUCAAGGGUGAAAGAGAUGGAGCUCUGGAAGAGUGUGAAAAGCUCCGGUUGCAAAUUAGUAGAGAUGAAGCUGAUGCUGAAAGCAGAUUGAGAUGCGUAAGCGAAGAUUCAAGUAAUAUGAUUGAGGAGAUUAGAGAUGAGCUGAGUUGUGAGAAGGAUUUGACGAGUAACCUUAAGUUGCAGUUGCAGAGGACACAAGAGUCAAACUCUAAUUUGAUUCUUGCUGUGAGGGAUCUCAAUGAGAUGUUGGAGCAGAAGAACAAUGAGAUAUCUUCUCUGAAUAGCUUAUUAGAUGAGGCUAAGACGCUUGAAGAUGAUAAGGGAAUGGGUUCUGGAAACAACGAGAUAGAUACACUAAAGCAACAGAUCGAAGAUUUAGAUUGGGAGUUAGACUCUUACAGGAAAAAGAACGAAGAACAAGAUAUUCUAUUAGAUGAGCUUACUCGGGAAUAUGAGUCCUUAAAGGAGGAAAGUUACAAAAACGCAUCCCUUAAAUUAGAGCGGCAAGAAUGCUCAAAUGCGGUAGAUGAAUUCUCGGAUUCCAAGGACAUUAUAGACGAAUUGAAUUCUCAGGUAGCAAUAUUGGAAGGCAAAUUGAAGCAGCAAUCGUUGGAGUAUUCGGAAUGCUUGAUUACUGUUAACGAACUUGAGAGUCAGGUGAAAGAGUUAAAGAAAGAACUGGAGGAUCAAGCACGGGCUUUUGAUGAAGAUAUUGACACAAUGAUGCGAGAAAAAACUGAACAAGAGCAGAGAGCCAUCACAGCAGAGGAGAAUUUGAGGAAAACAAGAUGGAAAAACGCUAUAACAGCAGAGCGACUUCAAGAAAAAUGCAAGCGGCUUUCUCUAGAAAUGGAAUCGAAGCUGAGCGAGCAUGAGAAUCUGACAACAAAAACAUUGGCUGAAGCAAACGACCUUCGUCUGCAGAACAAAAAUCUUGAGGAAAUGCAAGAGAAAGCUCAUACUGAGAUUACACAACAGAAAGAAAUAAAGAAGCAUGUGGAAGAAAAGAACGAAGCUUUGUCAAUGAAAGUCCAGAUGCUUGAAGGUGAGGUACUGAAGCUGACAAAGCUGAGAGAUGAAUCAAAUGCAGCAGCUACUGAAACCGAGAAGAUAAUACAAGAGUGGAAGAAGGAAAGAGAUGAAUUCGAGAGAAAAUUUACAUUGGCUAAAGACGAAGCCAUGACAGUGCAGAAAGAGUUAUCUCUCACUAAGUCGUCAAAUGAUGAAAAAGAGACCAGGCUCAGAAAUUUGAAGACAGAAGUAGAAGGUCUAAGCCUACAGUACAGUGAAUUACAAAACAGCUUUGUUCAAGAAAAAAUGGAGAAUGAUGAAUUGAGAAAACAGGUAUCAAACUUAAAAGUCGAUAUUCGGAGAAAAGAAGAAGAAAUGACUAAAAUCCUAGAUGCAAGGAUGGAAGCAAGGUCACAAGAAAACGGACACAAAGAGGAGACUCUAACAAAGCUAUCAGAUGAAUUGGCAUAUUGUAAGAACAAAAACAGUUCAAUGGAGAGAGAGUUGAAAGAAAUGGAAGAGAGAUAUUCAGAGAUAAGCCUGAGAUUUGCAGAGGUAGAAGGAGAAAGACAACAACUUGUGAUGGCUGUCAGAAACCUCAAGAACGGUAAGAAGUUUUAAGUAUUUGUGUGUUGCUGCGAGUACAACUGCUGUAACAUCAUAGUAGAAAUUACGAUAUAAAUUGUGCUGUUAAUAGAAUUCUUUUCUCUUAUAAAACAUUAUUUAUAAAAUUUUCAAGAAAUCAA